ACCAGGAAACUCAUCCCGAGUCCCGACUGCUGCGGUGAAUAACAGCGACCCACCGAGUCUACAGCCGUGUAAAACUUUGAGUGAGAGGCCAGUGAAUACAGGGAAUUGAAAUGGCAGAAUCUGCCAUAGUCAAAUAUCUCUGCGGGAACCUCGGAUCCACAAACAGGGAAGAACUGGUUGCCAACUGUGUAUUCGGAGACGCCUCGACGGUAAACAAGAUCAUUAGCAACCGAGACCGGUUUGCCAACGCAAAUGGAAUAUAUGGAGAGAAGCGUCUGAUCGCCAAGACGGCUCUCCGACUGUGCAGAAGGCUGGUGUGCGCUGGACCUGGAUGCAGCAGUUUACAUCUCUGUAAAACCUACCUGUACGGCGAGUGCCAGUUUGUUCCUGGAAGGCGGGCCGAGUGUUCCUUCUCCCACGACCUCCACUCCGAACACAACGCCGGACUUCUGAGAACACACGGUUUGGAAGAUCUGGACAAGAAGGAGAUAUGUGUGUUGCUGCUGCAGAACGACAUGGCCCUGCUCCCCGAUGUGUGCUUCGACUACACCAACAGCGGAUGCCAGGAGGGUUGCAAAAGGAUCCACAUCUGUGAUAACUACCUGCGUCGUAACUGCUGCUGCUCGCUGGCCCACGACUUCUACGAGCCUCAGCCCUUCGAGGCGCUGCAGAAGAGCCGCAUCCCCAACGACCUCAUGGUGGCCAUGAAGCCGCUGUACAUCAACAAGAAGGUCCUGAGUAGCAUCGAGCACAAGGCCAAGCAGGCCGGACAGACCAAUCAGGUCCCUGGGGCUGGUGGAGCUCGUGGUGAUGGUACUGCUGGAGGUGCCGUUGCUAUGGGUGCUGCUGAUGCUGCCGUUGCCAUCGGUGCUAUUGGUGCUGGUGGUGGUGGUGGAGCUGGAGGUGUUAUCGGUGGAGCUGGAGCUCCAGGAGGUGGAGCUGGUGGAAGGAGAAGACAGCCUCAAGAUAAAACCGAGAUUUGCCUGUACUUCCUUAAAGGCAAAUGCAUCCACACCUUAGAAAAGUGUUUCCGAGCUCAUUACAAGCUGCCUUACAGCUGGGAAGUUCUGGAGGGCCAUCAGUGGACACUGCUGGACAGCUCAGAGAAGAUAGAAGAGGAUUACUGUAACCCCAAAAAGACAUGCAGCACGGUGGAUGUAGAAGCGGUGUGCUUUGACACCAUGACGCGCGGACUCCAGAAGGUCAGGCGUCUCUCCUCCAUCUCCUCAGUCCUCCAGGACACCUUCCUACUCACCACCGAGUGGCUCUGGUACUGGGAGGACGAGGAUGGAAUUUGGAACCAGUACGAUUCACCGACCAACAGCAGCACAGAGCUGGAGAAGAAGUUCCAGAACGACCCCCAGGAGGUGAUGGAGUUCACCGCAGGGUCCCAGGCCUACACACUCAGCCUCCAGGACAUGAUCCAGACCAAUAAGAGAUACGGCACCAAGAGGGUGGUGAGACGACGGCCUCGCUUCCUGUCCUCCGCCGACGUGCAGGUCAUCAGGACAAGGAGGCCUCAAAAUGGUCCAACCAAUGUCCUAGUUAUGCCAAGACACUGGGACAGGACCCAGGUUCCUGCGACUGGACAUAAGAAAGUUCUGCUGCAAGAUUCGUCCGAAGAAUACAAGGAGGUGGAGACGCUGUUUCGUCAGACGAUGACCAACUUUGACAUCGUGAAGAUUGAGAGGAUUCAGAACAAGAGUCUCUGGGACCACUUUCAGUUGCAAAGGGAUCAAAUGAAGACGAAGAACGGGGGCCGUUGCGUGGCCGAGAGGAAGCUGUUCCACGGCACAGACUCCAAGUACAUCGACGCCAUCUGCUGCUCGAACUUUGACUGGAGGAUCUGCGGAACCCACGGGACCGCCUACGGCAACGGCAGUUACUUCGCCCGGGAUGCCAGCUACUCCCACAACUACACCGGGAACACCGCGACGGUCCGCUCCAUGUUCGUGUCCCGUGUGCUGGUGGGUCACCACACCCGGGGGAAGGCCGGCUACGUGCGCCCGCCCUCCAAGGACGGCGGGGACACCCUCUUCUACGACAGCUGCGCCGACGACAUCCGCUCGCCCUCCAUCUUUGUCGUCUUCGACCGGCCUCAGAUCUACCCGGAGUUCCUGCUCACGUACAAGGAGAAGGCGUCGGCCUCGGAUGACUGGUCCUGGGUGAUGGCCCCUGCCGCGCCGGUGGUGCAGCCCACGCCGGUGGUGAAGCCCACGCCAGUGCCCACAGCCACGCCUGCGAGGGCGUACGGCAACACUUCCUCGUUCUUGAAUGCCGUCCCUCCACCACAGCGCUACGCCCCCUCACUGCAACCCUACGUCAGCCCCCAGCCUACGAGAUACAGCCCCCCGCCCCCGACGUACCCCAGCCCGAAGCCGAAGCCAAAGGACUCAUGUGUGGUGUGCUAGGGCGGGGCAGGCAGUGUUGGCAAAGUUCACUUUCUACAUGAACUAGUUCCAAGUUCAGUUCACAAUUUUUUUAUAUCCCACUUUAUAUCCCCCCCAAUUUUUUUAUAUCCCACUAAGAAAAUAGUUCACAAAACUAUUUUCUUAGUUCAAAGUUCCAACAAUUAACUACCGGUCGUUCAUAAUAAUUUUUUCAAUAUGUUGCUGAAAGCUAUUAUUUUUCAAAAUUAUGGCCACAGCCCAUAUAGAACCACAGACAGCAAUUAUUUGAUCCGUUUUUAACCCUGAAACUAUGCGUCAGAUUUCAUCUUCAUAUCCAAUUUUGAAUCCUUAUCCAACCAGGGUUUACAUUAGCAUUUAGGGGACAGCCUUUCCCCACUGAUGCUUUAACGCUUGGUUGUUGUCCAAUCAGUCCACACUACUGGCCGCUGCAGCUUUCACCCCUACAGUAUAUUCUCAAAAACAUGAGGAAAAACUUGCUGUCUUUUUAAAUGAGGAAUUAUUAUAUUAUUUUUUUUAUAAGAAAAACAGGAAAGAAUUCCUUAGGGUGCAAUAAUAAUUUUCCAUUUCAAAUUCUAUUUCACUACAUACUUAAAAGGAAUACUUGAAUCCUCGAAAAGACAGGUUAAUCAAACUAGUUUUGCUGAACGAGUGUGUUACGAGUGGCGGGGCGUGCACUUAUUUAACAUGCCCGCGGUAUUCAAAGACUAGGAAUAUUUAAAUAUUCUAUGAAACUUAAAACUGAACCAUUUAUUCGUUAGAGUUGGAUUUAUACUCAAUGCAGGAACACUAUUGGAGGGGUUUGGACGAACAUUGGAACUAAAUGAAUUGUUUGGAGUGCCGCGGCAGAACGAAUCAAGGAGUAGUGCAGUUAGCAGUUUUUUGCCCAUAGAAGGCAAAUCCGUUAAACAUAGACUGUUAAACAAUAUCCCCCCGACCUCGGAGAUAAUCAGAACAGCUGGUCAGGUGAAAUUAAUUGAUCCACAGAAUAAAAACAUCCUUAUUUUGACAUAGGUCUGCAUGCAUUUGUUAGAUUGCUCAAACCAUGUUUGCAUAUUUAGUCUUCUUUUUCUCGACUCUCCAGCAUCCCCAUAAUUAAUGGCCUCGGUGUGCAAAGAAAGGCGGGAUUUCCGACGCUCCUUUUACAGUAAACCACUUUGAACGUUCAAAUAACCCUCAGAGUUAAGUCUCUAUCAGUCCCAACAUUUAGAAACAGAAUCGAAAAAGUCCAAGAGUGAAUUGGGUCAGUGGGGGUGAGGGUCGGUGAGUGAGGGUCGGCGACUAUCCCCAAUGAAGAAUGUCGUGUAGUCACUAAAGCGCAUGCAAUUAAGAAAUAAUCGCACUAAUUAAGAAUAACGAUAAUUUGAAUGAAAUUUAUAUCAAUGACGCGUCGGAAUGGCGGGACGUUUGAAAGAAACGGCCCGCCAAUUGGGAAGCAGGCCUCAUGAAGGCCGCGUCCCCCGGUGUUUUGCUGAGUCAUGGUGUGUCGAGUCAUGGAGACAGUACGACCCUGGAGGACUUCGGGAAUCUGUUUUGGUUUUAGUUCUACCUUUCCCAUCUGUAGAAGGGCUUUGGGUCUCGACUCGUUCAACAUGAGGUCUAAUCUGAAAAGCCUGAGGUUUAGUAAAAAGAAAAUGUAUUGAUACAUUUUCUGUUGUACAUUAAAAUGAUACGAUAUAUACAUAGAGAAAAAUGCUUUAUGGUAACCAACAUUUGCGUAGCGAUGCGCUGCUGUUUGAUUGCCCAGUUGAAUGAUUUUUCAAAUCUAUGGAAACCACUGCUGGCCUUAACGAAGGAUUCACUCCGAAUCCUGUUCGUCCACACGUCAGGGAGAGGACUUCAUCAAGAGUGUAAAUAAAACAUUUAAAUGUCUGUACCGACUGUGGCCAGCAGAGGGCAGCAACUACACACGAAUCAACGACCAAUGUCAUAAUUGUGUUUAAUUACUUAAAAAAACAGGUUGGUUUGCAGGGUUAUAUACAUCAUUUAUUUGCUACAGUGUGUAUCAUCCUGAAGGAACAAUCUGUGAUAGCUUGUGUAACUCCAAAAAAAAAAAGUAUAUAAAUUGAUUGAAAAAUCGAACCGUUUUUGAGACUGCAUUACUUCUGUGACAAAUGUAGUUUACAUAAUCAGUCAGUUAAUUUAUUUGGCCAAUGUAUUUAACACAGACUAACACAUUACACUGUGAUCUGUGAUGACCAAUGCCACCAGCGAGUUACACCGCAUCACGUCGCGAAGUUACACCGCCUCACGUCGCGAAGUAGCCAGAGAAAGAGAGGGUGAACACGGCCAACGGCGAAAGAAAAACAGCAUGUUGCUCCAGCCAUCUGGGACCAGUGUUGCCAGAUUGGGCGGGAAAUCUGGUCCAAUCUGGCAACGCUUUCAGAGAUGUGAGGUGUGGAAAAUGAUAUUAUCCGAGUGUUUAAUCAUUGCGUUAUAAUCCUAAAGUAUAGGCCUGCCUACAUGUUGCCUUCGUCUCUGCUGUUAACAUAGAACCGCUUGAUCCAAUACGAUCCAGCGUCUAACCGCUCAUUUCUAAUUCAACACCAGUGGUUGUAACUUCUAUUCCGCUGUAAGGCAGCUCUGAUCUCCAGCUGCAGAGUUUUUUUUAUAUAUAUAUAUAUAAUAUGUCCAUGGUCCAGGCCUCCCUGUGAACGGGGGCCGCCUCUUCCUCCGGAUCCCGGCCGCCCCAGCAGGUGCGUCUCAUCCCGGUCAUUAGGGGCGGGAUCGAGGCGUGGGGCUGAGGCUCAUCGAAGAGUAGAUGAUCCAUGGAUCGGAGAGGGGUCUUGGGUCUGGUGUGUGAGAUGCUUCGCCUCCCUCCCCUCCCGUUCCCGUUGUGUUAAGAGACGACCCUGCAUGGCUUUGGGAAUCCGUUUGGUCAUACUGUGGGUCUAUCUUUGGGCGGGCGGGUGAUUUCUGUUGUAGGGAUUAGGUUUCCUGCAGCUACAGCCGUUGAGCUGCAGGUUGGAAGUGAUCUUUGUUGUUUAUGUCAACAUAAUCACUACGAGGAUGAUUUUGGUAAUCAUACGUUAUCGUGGCAAUGCAGGUGGAAGCAUGUUGCAUUGAGAGAUUAUUGCUCGCUUCCAGUAUUAAUAGUAGGCUAUUGACAAAGUUAUAAUUGAUAAUUACAGUAUUUUAAUUGGCAUACUCUUGUAUAAUGAUGGCGAUUAUGCAAUGGACUUUUGAUUCAUUCAUUCAUGUUUUUUUAUGAUCAUUAUGAAUAUUAUUUAUGCAUCCAUCAUUAAUAACAAUCAACCAUCAUUUAUUACAAUCUGGUUAUAGUAAUUCGGAAUGAAGCUGUCUGUCUAAAGCAGGUAGACAGCUGUCUGUCUACCUAACUGCAUGCGGACAAUCAGGUGUCUCCAGGCUUGCGGUCCUGAAUGCAUAAGACUACACUUCCUGGCAUGCAUCGGGGGAACACGGAGCGAUCUGGACAGGGAGGCUGAGCGCCAGCCUAUGAGGGAUCGU